AUGUCAAAGUCCACCUCCACCUCGCCCAAACUGGAUAAGGUGUCGAUAAACUCUAUUCUCAACGCUGGCGCCGCUGCCGCUGCCCCCGCCGAUGUCCCCCCGUCCCAAGCGCCGUUGUCGCUGCCGGCGCCGCUGCUGUCGCUGCCGCACGCGCCGCCCCUGGCGCUGCUGCCGCAGCGGUUGCCCCCGAUUACUAACUCGCCCGGUACCACUUCUAGCGCCGCUGGCGCUGGCGCUCCCGUCUCGGCGGCGCCAGCAGUCCCGCCCGUAGUGGCGCCCCGUCUCGGCGCCCCCCUUACCGCUACCGCGGCGGUGCCGUCGAUGGCGAUGCCCCCAAUGUACCCGCAAAGCCAACGCCAGGCGCCGCCAUUCACGGCGCCAUUGGCGCCUGCGCUCCCUCCUCAAGGGGCCCCGCUCAUGGCCCCAGGUGCUGCUCCUAUGGCCUCUCAUGGCGCCGCUGGUGGCGCCCCCGGCACUAUCGGCCAAAUGGGCGCUCCCGGAGCGCUGCCCGCUCACCACAUGCCGCAACCGCCAUUAGUAUACUACCCGAUGGCGGCGGCGCCGCCUCAGUACCCGUACCCGAUGGUGCCGGGCGCCCCUGGCGCUCCUGGCGGCGACCCUCACGACUACGCUGCCCACGAAGCCCGGCGCGGCCGGCGCUACCGGCGCCGGUACCUGGAGAUCGUCCGCCUCUAUCUGUGCCUGUUCCCCGGCUGCGACAAGCUGUACGGGUCGCUCAACCAUCUUAACACCCACAUCGUCACCAAGAAGCACGGCCACCGCAAGCUGAAGGCCGACUUCCAGAAUAAGGACGAGCGCUCCGGGGCGCUGGCGCCGGUAGUCAGCGCUGCCGACGCCGCCUACAGUUCCGGCAACUACUGGUACGGCGCCCGCCCCGGGUACGUCCCCGAGCAGGCGGUGCUCGCUGCCCACGCGGCUGCUGGCCAGCCUGCGCCUCCCGGUUACAUGUUUCCGGGAGCCUACGGACAGCCGGCGCCGGCGGCGCACCCGUUCCAACGCGGGGCGCCCAUCUACUACGCUCCCGUCGGGGCGCCGAUGGUGGCGCCGCCGGCGGUGGCCAACCCUGGCGCCAGCGGCGCUCCCCCGGUGGCGCCGCCGCCAACACUGGUGCCGCCACCACCCCACGCGCCCCUGGCGACCCACCUGCCGGCGCAGCCCGAGAGCGCCCGCCUGGCCCACGCCACGCCCUGA